AGUCACAAAUAAAACCUGAAGAAGAGAGUUUUUCUUUACUUGCACAGACAUGGCUUCAAUGAGCAUGACAGCCUCUCUCCUUCCAACCUCAAGCACCGCUUUGACUAGACUUACUCGGAGACCUGCUCGCAGAGGUGCGAUCGUGGCCAAGGCAGCCGGCGCGGAUCAAGGCGAGAAGGCCGGCUUGGAAAUGAAACCAGAUAGCAGCAGUGGGAGGAGGGAACUGAUAUUUGCAGCUGCAGCAGCCGCUGCUUGCUCAUUUGCAAAUGUUGCCAUGGGUGAAGAGCCAAAAAGUGGGACUCCUGAAGCAAAGAAAAAGUAUGCUCCUAUUUGUGUCACAAUGCCUACUGCUAGAGUCUGUCGCAAGUGAGAAACCUUACGUUCCUCUGUAUUCAAUGUGCGAGAUUCAUGUACUUGCUUGUAUGAAAACUUGCGUCUUUUUUAUUGGAGAA